GCAUAGGGUUUGGUUGGAGAGAGAGAAAAAGAGAGUGUAAAUAAUCGGUGAGAGAAUAGAAGCAGAGAAGAGGAUGGGGAUUUUUGAACCUUACAGAGCAAUCGGAUGCAUCACAAGCAGCGUACCCUUCUCUGUUCAGAGACUUGGCACUGAAACUUUCCUCACUGUUAGUGUUGGAAAGGCUUUUCAGAUUUUUAACUGUGCAAAGCUCAAUUUGGUUCUCGUUGGUCCUCAACUGCCAAAGAAAAUCGGCGCUCUUGCUUCCUAUCGCGAAUACACUUUUGCUGCCUAUGGGAAUAACAUUGCAGUGUUCAAGCGUGCACAUCAGGUUGCAACUUGGAGCAGCCAUGAUGCUAAGGUUAAAUUGCUACUGUUGUUUGGAGAACAUAUCGUCAGUGUUGAUGCUCAUGGCAACAUGUUCUUGUGGGCAUUUAAGGAAAUUGAUCAGAACCUUGUCCAGGUUGGCCACAUUAUGCUUGAUGAGAAAUUUAGCCCCAGCUGUUUAAUGCAUCCGGAUACUUACCUAAAUAAGGUUCUUAUUGCGAGCGAGCAAGGUCCUAUGCAGCUUUGGAACAUUAGCGCAAAGAAAAAAAUAUUUGAGUUUAAGGGAUGGAAUUCACCUAUCUCCUGUUGUGUUUCGUCCCCUGCUCUAGAUGUUGUUGCUGUUGGCUGUGCAGAUGGAAGGAUUCAUGUACACAACAUUCGAUAUGAUGAAGAGUUGGUUGCAUUUACACAUUCUACGCGAGGUUCUGUGACUGCCUUAUCUUUUAGCACUGAUGGGCAACCACUUCUAGCUUCUGGAGGUUCAUCUGGUGUCAUUAGUAUAUGGAAUCUGGAAAAGAAAAGGCUCCAGUCAGUUGUAAGAGAGGCUCAUGAUAGUGUGAUCACAUCACUACAUUUUUUUGCUAAUGAGCCAGUGCUAAUGAGUUCAUCAGCAGAUAACUCUAUUAAAAUGUGGAUUUUCGACACAAGUGAUGGUGACCCUCGCCUUUUGCGCUUUCGAAGUGGGCAUAGUGCUCCUCCCCUUUGCAUAAGGUUUUAUGCCAAUGGAAGACAUAUUCUUUCUGCAGGUCAGGAUCGUGCCUUUCGCCUUUUCUCUGUAGUUCAGGAUCAGCAAAGUAGGGAGCUUUCUCAACGCCAUGUUUCCAAACGUGCUAAGAAACUGAGAGUGAAGGAGGAAGAAAUAAAAUUGAAGCCUGUGAUUGCAUUUGAUUGUGCUGAAAUUAGAGAACGUGAUUGGUGCAAUGUGGUUACUUGUCAUAUGGAUACUGCCCAGGCAUAUGUGUGGAGACUUCAAAAUUUUGUUCUUGGUGAGCAUAUAUUGAAUCCAUGCCCUGAAAACCCAACACCUGUUAAGGCUUGUGCCAUCAGUGCUUGUGGCAAUUUUGCCUUUUUAGGGACAGCAGGUGGUUGGGUUGAAAGGUUUAACCUUCAAUCUGGAAUUCACAGGGGUGCUUACAUUGACUUGUCAGAAUCAAGAGGUUGUGCUCAUGAUAGUGAAGUGGUUGGAGUUGCCUGUGACUCUACAAAUACUCUCAUGAUAAGUGCAGGAUAUCAAGGAGAUAUAAAGAUUUGGGAUUUCAAAGAACGAUGUCUUACAUCCAGAAUGGAGAUUGGUUGUUCUGUUGUUAAAAUUGUUUACCAUCGUUAUAGUGGUCUCCUGGCUACAGUAGCGGAUGAUUUAACAAUCAGAUUGUUUGAUGUCGUGGCUCUUAGACUUGUUCGUAAAUUUGAAGGUCACACAGAUCGUAUAACAGAUUUGUGCUUCAGUGAGGAUGGGAAGUGGCUUCUGUCAUCUAGUAUGGAUGGAAGUCUUAGAAUCUGGGAUGUGAUCUUAGCAAGACAGAUUGAUGCCAUACAAGUUGAUGUGCCUAUCACAGCAUUAUCCCUGUCUCCAAACAUGGAUAUACUAGCAACAACCCAUGUUGAUCAAAAUGGGGUAUACCUGUGGGUAAACCAAUCAAUGUUCUCUAGUACUUCAAAUGUCGAUUCAUAUGCAAGUGGAAAAGAGGUUGUGGGCGUCAAGUUGCCAUCUAUCUCUUCCACAGAACAUUCUCAAGUUGAGCAUGCUGAAGAGGUGGUAAAUGCCUCUCAACCCAAAGUUGCUCCAGAUUUUCCAACUCAAGAUAAACAAAUACCAGAUCUAGUCAUGCUUUCUUUGCUGCCUAAGAGCCAGUGGCAAAGCUUGAUCAAUUUAGACAUCAUAAAGGUUCGCAAUAAACCUAUUGAGCCUCCAAAAAAACCUGAAAAGGCUCCAUUCUUCUUGCCUUCAGUUCCAUCCCUCUCGGGGGAAAUAUUGUUUGAACCUGGUAAGUUAUCAGUAAAGGAGAAGGAUGGAACAGGUGAAGAAAAACAAAUGAACAAGACAAGACUAGAUAUGCAACCAUCCCGUUUUCUGUAUCUUCUUGAAUCAUCAAAAGAGACAGACAGUUAUGCAGCAUUCACUGAUUAUAUCAAGGGAUUAUCUCCAUCAGCUCUGGACAUGGAACUUCGAAUGUUUCAAAUCAUAGAUGACGAUGAUCAGCAAGAAGCUGAGAAGAGACCUGAGUUGUUAUCAAUUGAACAGUUUCUAGAUUAUUUUAUUCAUGAGCUCUCCUGCAGAAAUAAUUUUGAGUUUCUACAAGCUGUCAUCAGGCUAUUUUUGAAGAUACAUGGUGAGACAAUUCGGCAGCAGUCACACUUACAAGAAAAGGCAAGGAAGCUUCUAGAUAUUCAGUGCAUGGUAUGGCAGAGGGUAGAUAAAUUGUUUCAAAGUAUGAGGUGUGUGGUUGCCUUUCUUAGUAAUUCCCAAAUUUAGGUGUGACGAGCCCUUAACUCGCAAAAUGUCAAUCCUUGAGCGAUGAUAGCCUAGGCAAAAAAUCAAAACCAAACAUUGAUUCAGUGACGUUCAAGUAUUUGUUCUAGACUCCAUUUCCUUGGAUCGAUAGGGUAAUCAGGGCAGCCAAUUGGUUAAAAGUUGAUUAGGUUUACUAUUAUUAUUUUUGUGGGUAUACCGAGGAUUUCUUGUAACGUGAUAAAAAUAGUUUGAUGUACUCAUCUUCAUACAAGCGCAAUUUUUGUAAGGCACAUUUUAUAUCAGUC